UUCCACCAUGGCGCCUUGAAGCCCUGAAGACCCGAGUCUCUCACUUCCUCGGUCCCUCAGUUGUCAGUAGCCAACACACGCACACACACUUCACGUAGGCGACAUGGUGAACAAAACCACCAAGGAGCACGGCGGCCACGAGGUGACCGUCACGUCGUCGAUCACGACGACGGUGGCACCGGCGCUGCCGCUGCAGGAGCACCGCCUGCCGCUGUCCAACCUGGACCUCCUCCUGCCGCCGCUCGACGUCAGUGUCUUCUUCUGCUACCUCCACCCGGCGCCCACCGCGGCGGCGCUAAAGGAGGCGCUGGCCAAGGCGCUGGUGGCGUACUACCCGCUGGCCGGGGAGGUUGCGGCAAACGGCGACGGCGAGCCCGAGCUGCUGUGCAGCGGCCACGGCGUGGACUUCACGGAGGCGAGCGCGGGCGGGACCGAGCUGCGGGAGCUCCGGCUGGGCGUCGUGGACGAAGGCGUUGAGAAGAUGGUACCCGCCAAGAAGGCCGGCGUGAUGGCAGUUCAGGUGACCAAAUUCCGGUGUGGCGGCGCCGUCGUCGGCUGCACCUUCGACCACCGCGUCUGCGACGCCUACUCCUUCAACAUGUUCCUCCUCGCGUGGGCCGCAGCCGCCCGUGGCAGCACCGCACCGACGGCCCCGUCCUUCCGUCGCUCCAUCGUCGCCCCGCGCGACCCACCACCGCGUGCACCAUCCACCGAGACGCUCAUCGACCGCUUGUUCUCCCCUCGUAGCGCUGCGCCGCCCCCUCCGGCCGCCGCCGCCGCCUGUGCCGUCAACCGGAUUUACCGCAUAGCGGCCGCGGACAUCGCCACGCUGAAGGCUUCGGCGGGGCCGGGCCGCACAAAGAUGGAGGCGUUCACCGCCCACCUGUGGCAGCUCUGCUCCAGGGCGGCCUCCCCUCUCCAACGCUCGUGCUGCAUGGGCGUGGUCGUGGACGGGCGCACUCGCAUGUUCCCCGAUGGCGCCAUGAAGGCCUACUUCGGCAACGUGCUGACCAUACCGUACGGCGUCAUCGGCUCCGAUGACCUCGGCCGCAUGGCUCUCGCCGACGUGGCAGAAGACGUGCACCGGUGGGUGGCGGAGGCCGCCACGGGCGAGCACUUCCGGGGCCUCGUGGACUGGGUGGAGGCGCUGCGCCCGAAGCCGGCCGCGGCGAGGGCUUAUCUGGGAGGCACCGGCGGGAACGAGGCGAUGGCGUGCAUCGUGUCGUCCGGGAUGAGCUUCCCGGCGGGCAAGGCCGACUUCGGGACGGGCCUGCCGGCGUUCGCGUCGUACCACUUCCCGUGGCCGGCCGGCGCCGGGUACGUCAUGCCGAUGCCGAGCGCGCGCGGGGACGGCGACUGGGUGGUAUACGUGCACGUGGCGCCGGAGAUGGCGAAGGUGAUGGAAGAGGAGCCCACCGUGUUCCAGGCCCUGGGGAGCAACUACGUGUUUGGGUGAUACGCAUAUGCAUGUCAGGUAAUUAUUUAACUUACUGCAUGAUCAUGCUUGCUUAUGCUGAAUAAUCGAGACUACCGAGUAACGUGUGUAACUUUGUGUGUGUGUGUGUGUGUGUGUGUGUGUGUGUGUGUGUGUGUGUGUGUGUGUGUGUGUGUGUGUGUGUGUGUGUGUGUGUGUGUGUGUGUGUGUGUGUGUGUGUGUGUGUGUAUUGCACGUCGUUGUCGUGCAUCCAUGUCUAAGUCGAUGUGCAUGGAGUAGUGUGUACGUAGUGCCACCAACCAUCUCGUUGGUAACUCUGUUACUGAAAAUAAUAUCACUCCAUGUGACUAUUGAUGGUGAGACUGA